CGCGCGGGCGAGCGGGAGGGGCGGACCUGUUUCCGGGUGGCGCGUGGGGCUGGAGGUCGAGUGAAGCCCGUGCCGCCACCAUGGAGACUUUGUACCGCGUCCCGUUCUUAGUGCUCGAAUGCCCCAACCUGAAGCUGAAGAAGCCGCCCUGGGUGCAUAUGCCGUCGGCCAUGACGGUGUACGCUCUGGUGGUGGUGUCUUACUUCCUCAUCACCGGAGGAAUAAUUUAUGAUGUUAUUGUUGAACCUCCAAGUGUUGGUUCUAUGACCGAUGAACAUGGACAUCAGAGACCAGUGGCUUUCUUGGCCUACAGAGUAAAUGGACAAUAUAUUAUGGAAGGACUCGCAUCCAGCUUCCUGUUUACAAUGGGAGGUUUAGGUUUCAUAAUCUUGGACCGAUCGAAUGCACCAAACAUUCCAAAACUCAAUAGAUUUCUUCUUCUAUUCAUUGGAUUCGUCUGUGUCCUAUUGAGUUUUUUCAUGGCUAGAGUAUUCAUGAGAAUGAAACUGCCGGGCUAUCUGAUGGGUUAAAAAAAUGCCUUUUGAGAAGAAAUCAGUGGAUACUGGAUUUGCUCCUAUUAAUGAAGUUUUAAAGGCUGUACCAAUCCUCUGAUGUGAAAUACGGAAAAAGAGCGAAGCAGCAGUUAAAAGAAGCAUCUAGUGAAACUAGGAAGCAUAUUAAAGCUUGAACUAGAAUGUCUGCUUGGUAUCAAAGAGACAAGCUCAUCACAGUAUUUAUUCCUGCUGGCCUGUACUGACAUAUCAACGAUGUUAGGUGGCAUUUUCUUAGUUUUUCAUUUCUUAAAGAAAAUAAUUCUGUUUCUACAACUAUAAUGUUGAAUAAAGUGAUUAUUUUUUACAGCCCCCUUAACAUUUUUUGGAGAUGACAUUUUCUGACUUUCAAAAAUUAAUGUAAAAGCAGGAAGCAAGAGUCCAUGAGCUGAGAAUUCUGGACAGAUCAGCUUUAUGUGUGGUGCUUUGCCUUUAAACAGAGUGUGUGACAGCACAUUAUUCAGAUUUGUAUGCAGGACUGUUUCAUGCACAAUAAGAUGUAUGAAAGGAGCAGAAAUAAAUAAGUUUUCUAAUUAA